GGUACCGGUAUGAUGUCCGGGUUUACAAGUGAGAAUCUCCCCGCCCAGGAUCACUAUUCCGCGGCAAUGAUGAGAGCUUCGCCGUACGUAGCGACCUACAGUCCUUCUGUUGCGCAGGCAGCACAGCCUGCUCCAAAAGACAUGGUGAAACCCCCUUACUCUUACAUUGCCCUCAUCGCUAUGGCAAUUCAAAAUGCUCCAGAGAAAAAGGUAACGUUGAAUGGAAUUUAUCAGUAUAUAAUGGAGCGAUUUCCAUUCUACAGGGAAAAUAAACAAGGCUGGCAAAAUAGCAUCCGGCAUAAUUUGAGCCUGAACGAAUGUUUCCUGAAAGUUCCUCGGGAUGAUAAGAAACCCGGCAAGGGAAGCUAUUGGGCCCUGGAUCCAGACAGUUUGAACAUGUUUGACAACGGUAGCUACCUCCGACGAAGAAAACGAUUCAAGAAAAAAGAUACAGAUCGCGAGAAAAAGCCCACGUACAUAACUCAGAAGGAUGGACAGAAAAGAGAAGAAAUUAAAACUAAGGAGAGAGAUAUCGACAGAAGUAAUGCAUUGGAAAAUCGUUUACUAGACGUUGAAAAUAAGAUAAUUGAUGAGAACAACGUGACAGUCCAGGUGAAAACACCCUGUACUAAAGAUAAAGCCAAAUGUAGCAGUCCCAAGGAAACCGCCCCUGUUCUUAACGAGAAGAAUCAUGUUAUCCCGACUCUUCACAACUCCCCUCCUCCAAUAACAUCAGUCAUGCCGACUUCCCCUUUGACUACGAUUCAACCGAAAAUGGAACUUGUAGACAGCUACAAUUUUCCAGCUUGUAUGCAGCAGAGAAUUAGUAAACAUAAACUCGACGGUAAAUGUGAAUCAUCUGCCUUAACAAACGGCGUACGAGCUCCGUCGUCACUUCUGGAUGCAGUCGGGAAUGAAACCUUGGCACCAUCUUCAGCGGUGUCUUUUCCUUUAAACUCUAUGGUUAAUCCUGGAGAAAUCUGUCAUACGUUAAGUAAUUCAUCUCCAGAGGAAGCCAGCCAUGAAAGAUUAAAUUAUUGUACGGAUACUAACGUAUUCUGCGCUUCAGGAGGUGUUAAUGCUCGUUCUUCGCUAUACCCGGAUGUUCUCUCGUGUAACAGUUCUCACCAUGUGGUUAAUUACCAGUGUUCAACACCACCUGGGUUUUAUUCUUCAGACUGUAGCGUACGACCUGUUGGUGUCUGCCCCAUAGUCGAGCCUCUCCCCAGUGGCGGAAGUCACGCGGGUUCCGUCAACAGCACUUGUCCUCCUGCAUUCAGCGAUCUGACAAAAAAUUCCUCCACGUUAGCUGCUCAAGCUUUCAGAACUGGUCUACGAACGUGUACUUCACCUUCGACUUGGUAUCCUUACAGCACCACAAGUCACUUUGUGUCCGGAAACUGCUCCUUCAACACGGAUAGCCUUUCUAUGGUCAAUGGCUUUCAAAGUGUCCGGGACAUUUUUGAGAAUCAGCGGCUCAUUUCGUCACCUGCUUCCGUCAAUUCUAGCUGCCAAGUCGGAUUCAACGCCACACCUUACCAGCAGAGGUCGGUGCCGUCACCUUUUUACGACUGCAAUCGGUUUUAGUAUUGUUCAAGAGUGUUAUGGAAAUAAACGCCUGUAGCAUAAGAACUUCUUAGGGCUAGAAAUAAAAAUUAUGUUUACCGGACCAUUGUAAUUAAACAUGUUGAAUAUUGACCUUCUAUGCGUUGAAAUAGGACUUUGAAAAAUAUCGUAUUUGUGACUAUAGUUUAUUUACCAAAGAUUCAGCUUAUUCACUAUUAUCUUCCUAUGUCUAAAAAUUCUGAUGAACAUAGUUUGUAGCAACGUAACAUUAGUGUUCAUCUUGUGUAAAAACAAAUAGUGUAGUUUUAGUGUAACAAAAGCUAUAUAUAUAUAUCUUACAAUUG